CAUAUGACUUCAAAAACCGAAUAUGCUGAGGAUUUUAUCUUUUUUUUUUACAUGAACAGCAACAAUAAUCUAACCUUUAUUUUUUCCAUAUCUCAUCUCUUUAUUACAUGCCACAUUCACAACACUUCGUCACGCCAAAGCUAAGCAUAUCCUUUUUCAUAUUCUAUUUCAUAACCACUAUUUAUAUCUCUCUAUAACGUCUUCUUCUUCCUCCAGAUCUCAUUAUAAUAUAUUUCUUUCCCUUCUUCAUUUAAACAUAUACACUUAUUUUGAUGAAGUUCGGUAAGAGGAUUAAAGAACAGAUACAAGAGUCGUUGCCGGAGUGGCGUGACAAGUUUCUCCGUUACAAAGAACUCAAGAAUCUGAUCUCUUCUCCUGCUCCGGCAGAAUCUAUCUUUGUUGGUUUGUUGAACGCCGAGAUUGAGAAGUUUAAUGCCUUCUUCGUGGAGCAAGAAGAAGAUUUCAUCAUCCACCACAAGGAAUUGCAAUAUCGGAUUCAGAGAUUGGUAGAAAAAUGCGGAGACAAUGAUGAUGUAAUGUUCAGAGAAGAGAUUGGUGAGAUCAGAAAAGAUAUUGUUAACUUCCAUGGCGAGAUGGUACUUCUCGUUAAUUACAGCAACAUUAACUACACUGGGUUAGCAAAGAUUCUGAAGAAGUACGACAAGAGAACAGGAGGAGCAUUGCGAUCACCGUUUAUCCAAAAAGUUCUUCGCCAACCGUUUUUCAAGACUGAUUUGGUGUCGAGGCUGGUGAGAGAGUGGGAGACGACGAUGGACGCGAUGUUUCCGGCGUUGACUAGGGAGGUGGAGGGAUACGAGAGAUCUGCGGCGGUGAGUUCGGCUGCGGCGGGAGAAGGGAUAUUUAGGAAUACGGUUGCGGCGUUGAUGACGAUGAGAGAGAUGAGAAGAGGGAGUUCUACUUACGGUGCUUACUCGCUUCCGCCGCUUAAUCUCUCCGACUCCGCUCGUUUACGGCCGAGACAUAUCCCUUCUCCGAUACCUAUUCCUUAUUGAUAAAUCUUGUAGUAAUUUAAUCACACGGGAAAUGGACUUAUCAUAAUAUUUGUAUUUUUUUGUUUUACUUCCUUAAAUCAAAUGGAAAAUGGCAUUAUCUUAA